GACGGCGCUCGCCGGUCACGGGGCUUCAGCCGUCACCCUCCGCCUCCGGAGCCGCCAUGGGAGCGCGGCAGACCGGACCGGGCCGAUACGAUACGUUCCGGGCGUCCCUGCCGGGUUUUCUCUUUGGGGAAGUGCCCCGUCGCCGGCCUGAAGCCUUUAAUGGCGUCAGGAGCCUCUUGGCCUCCUCGGUUUCUGCUCUGACCCUCGUCGGCCUCACGGAAGUAUUCAGCAUUAAUUAAAAUGUCUUCCACCAAACCUCCAAAUGAAAAUGAAAGAAAACCAGGACUGAGCAGUGUUCGAACAACUAUGCUUUUCCGAGCUGUGAAUCCAGAGCUUUUCAUUAAACCUAACAAACCGGUGAUGGCGUUUGGACUCAUAGCAAUUAGCCUCUGUGUGGCCUACCUUGGCUAUUUGCAUGCAACAGUAGAGAAUAAAAAGGACCUCUAUGAAAGCAUCGACAGUGAGGGGUCCAGGUAUGUGAGGAGGAAAACUUCCAAGUGGGACUGAGAACAUAAAGAAUGAAGUGAGCAAAUCAGUCACAGAACUUUUCAAGGCAACUACUUUUUUUUUCUCCGUCUGUGGAAAUAAUGGAUAAAUGUCUAUCUUGCUAUCUGAUCCAAAUUAAGUUUAUAAAAUGCCGUGCCUGUACAAAUAAAUUGCAAUCAAGAUACAUGAGAAGAAGUGAAUUGUUGUCUGUGAUCUCUACAGCAUGUCAGAAGACAUGAAAUUAGCUUGGACAUGCGGUCAAGACUGGUAAAUGCCUUAGAAAUUUACCUGAUAGUUCAGCUCGCUUCUUUUUCUUUGAUUAAAUGAAAAUGUGUUGGG